GUGCUCGUGGCCGUGUUGUGCCGUCUUGGUAUUUUCGACGUGCGUUCUCUGUUGCUUUAAUUCAUGAGAAGCCAUUUUGUUGGUACGAAACUACGAUACCAUUUUCAGAAUUGAUUUAUUAAUUUAAGCUUUUGAUUUUACUCGCUUAUUUUUAUAAAAAUCUGUUUUAGCGUCAAAUCAAUUAAUUUUUUAACUAUCGUUUGUGUAUUAUCUUGUGAAAUAUGGCUUGCGCUACGUUAAAACGGUCAUUGGAUUUCGAACCCCCUAUGUGCAGACCAACGAAAAGACAAAGGUGUACGCCUAUGAGUAUAUCUCCUUCUAGCUCGCCACCAAACAGCUCCAGGUCUGAGUAUGUUUCACCACAUUUUGGCGGCGAUGUUGUUCCCAAAAUUACGGCAGGUAAAUCGACAAUUUUUUUGAGGUACCUGCCUACAUUUGUUUUGCUAUUGUUGGAUUAAUAUUAACGUGUUGAUGCCACUGUAUGAUAUAAAUCAAUUAUGUAAAACUUUAUUUAAAAUAUUGUGCUUAGGAUUAACACGUACAUUAUACCAUUUUAUUCAAUUAUAACAACGGUUUUAUAACAACUGAUAGUGUAGUUAUUUAAUACUUGCCAACAAACUUAUUAGCCAGUAGUAUCAUAUUUCAAUGACUAUAAGUGUUAAUGUUUUUAUUGUACUUGGUGGUUUAAAAAAAAAUACCUUCUAAGAUAUUUAUAGUUUUGUAUUAUUGGUUUGGUUGUUAUCCAGACACAAAUAUUGACAGUAUUAUUUUUAAUACUUCAAUAUAUAUAAUAGGUACCUAGAUACUUUGUUGUCCAUACCCUUACUUUAUGUCCAGUCACUUGUGCAAUUACUUAAACAACAAAUAAUUGAUGUAUGCUUCCUAGGUAGAGUUAAUACAUUUUAUUACCAGAAAUGUAUUAUUCUAUGUUCUAUUAAUCAUAAUUAAGAAUUAUUUUUUUAACUAUUGAGCUUUAUCACAUAUUAUUAUUGUUUUAUGCCUAAAGUUUUGGUUAUAAAAUUCAAUUAGAAAAUCUAUUGUAUUUAUUUCAUUAAAAAAAAUAUUGGAAUUUUAAUAGUUAAAUUAUACCUUUCUUCCAUAUUUUCAUAUUAUACUUAACUAUUAUAUCUUUUUAAGAUUUAAUUUGUUAAAAUAAUAAAUAAAUGAUUUUAAAAGAUUUGAAAGGGAUUUCCCUACCUAAUCUAUUAACAUAGGAACCUAUAUUAGUUUAAAAUAAUAUGUUAUACUUAUUAGCUAUAUAAUGAAAAUUUCAAUCAAUUAUUAACAAUCUGGUAGAUUAUAUGCAAUUGGUAUAAUUAACAUUGAAAUCUUUCUUGGUUAUUAUUACCUAUUAUUUUUUUUUUAAUUAUUGAGUGAUUCUACAGUUCCUAUACACAAGUGUUAAACAACAAUUUUCUUGAGGUAUUAUGAACCCUGACUUUUAAGGCCAAACCAAACAGAACUUUUCUUAAAAUUAUUAACAAACCCAAACCAAACUUACACAUUUUUAUUUGUGCUCAAACAUUCAAAAAGUAAAAAGGUUAAGUUGGGUAAAAAACCUAAGUUCUCAAACUUGGCUCUGUGAUUUACAACUUACUAAUGUGAAAAAAAAAUAGAAUUUUUCUUUUUUGUAAUAAGGCUGCACUUUCCUACCACAGAAUAUCAUAUUAGUGACUGUAUAGAAUCGGCAUAUAAUAAUUUUUGAACCAAACUAUUGGGUAUUCGGUUCUGUUAAAUUAUUUGGAAUUUUCAGUUAGAUUUUCGAUUAGUUUGUCACAUCUCUAUAGAUUAUAAUUUUCCUAUUAUAUUAAAUGAAUAAUAUAAUAUUUUUUUUAAAUAAGAUAUUAUUUAUUUUAAUUUUCAAAACAAACUAAAAUAAAAAUAAAAAUGUAUUGUUAUUAAAAUAAUAUUAAGUACUUUUUUUUAAUAUCACUAGUCACCUGAUUUUGUAGUGAACUACCGAAGAAACAAACAUAUUCAAAUACAAUUGUUUUCCAUUUUAUAUAAUAAUAAAAAACAGAUAACUAUUGUAUUUCAAUAUUUUAAAAAAUAUAAAUAAAUUGUUUAUUAUAAUGGUAAAAUUAUACCUAUUUUAAUAAUUACAUUUCAUUAGCAGAUGGCUAUGAUAAUACCAGAAAAUCAUAGGUAGUAGUUUAGAUAACCAAUUAAUACCUAUGUAUAUAAUUUAUGAUUUAAAAUAUUCUUAAAUUUUAUUUAUUUUGGCCGGUAUCAUCAAAAAAUAAUUUUAAGAAAUAAUAAGCUAAGUUAUAAAUUAGCCAUUAUAUAUUUUUUUUUUACUGUUAAGUAGUUAUGUAUAUUUAUAUUUUUUAUAUAUUUUCAAACAGUAAAUUAUAAAGUCUUUGUUCGACAUAAUUUAAUAGGGAAAACAUAGGUUUUUAACCCAUACAAAAAGUUUAAUGUUAAUUAACCUAUAAUAAUAUUUGAUUUUUUAUAAAUAGAUAUUACUCUAAAUUUAUGUAGUACAUAUUAUGCUAAGUUUAUUGUCAUUUUUUUUUAAUAUAUGUUUGUAUAUUUGUUUUAAUUGUAGAAAUGCUGUCAGCUAGUUUAACUGAAGAGGUUCAAAGGAUGCGUCGCAAACGUCAACUUAACAUGGAAUUAUCAGAAAAUCGUAAUUUAGAUGACAGUUCUUCAGAUAGUUCAUCUGAGAACACAUUUCCAUCAUCAGCAAAAGAUAAACCGCUCUUCACUUUUCGUCAAGUAAAGUAUUUCAUUAUUUAUUUGUUACUUUUCCUAAAUAAUAAAUAAUAUAUAUAUAUAUAAUAUAUUUACCUUAUAACUGAAAAAAAUCAAGUUAUCUGCUUUAAUUAUUGAAUAAUAGGUCUAUUAAUGUGCUUAUUCUGUUUAUCAUUAUCACAGUUUAAUUUUAAACCUGAGAUAAUAUCAACAUUAAAGUCAAGCAUCCUUAGAUAAUAAAAAAUUAUUUCAUAAAUAAAUAAAAAAGUUCACAAAAUUAUAAUUUUUAACUAUAUAUUAUUAUACUUAAUUUUAAUCAACAGCGAUAAUUUACUUGUUAUGAAUAUAACAUUUAAAAAAUAAUAAUAACAAAUUCUAGAUAUUUAUUGAUCUAAUUAACUAUCUUUCUAGUUCCUGUAUAUAAUAAAACAAAUUUAUGAUUACUACCUACUUAUUAUCAAUUGAUAUUCAUUGACACAUCUCAUAUAAUGUUGUAAUAGUUUUGUGAAUAGAAUGUUUAAUGCAUUUUAGAAUUUUCUCUCUAGAUCAUAUUAUACUAUCCAUUUAAAGUUGACAAUAAUCAGGUUAUGCCGAUACUACCUAUAGUUAUCUAUACAGGUGUGAACUUGUGGCACAUGUGAUCGACCAUAAUCGGUGUGAUAUUAUUAAAUAUUAUGUUAUAUCAACUAAAUUAACUAAGUUUACCUAUGGUAUUUCUUGUAGAAACUUCAUUAGACAAAGUAUAAAUUAUUAGCUAUUCAAUUCAAUUUAAGGGUUUGUAUUUUAAGUACCUAUAUAUAACAAAUAACAAGAUACCUUUAUAAUUAUUUAAAAAUACUACCUAUUUUUUGAUAGUAGCUUUAAUAGCUAUUGCUUUUGUCAAUCUUUCCUAAGUAGUACUUUUUACAAGAUAUGAAACUGAGGAAUUUUUGUUUGACAUCACUCAAAUUAUCCAUGAGUUUUGACCAACUACACAUAUCACCAUAUUAAAUGUAUAAUUUUGAAAUAAUAAAAUUUACAAAUUUAAUCUUUAUUCGUUCUUUUUGUGUCAUUAUAAUCUAUAAUUCGUUUAAACCAAUAUUAUGUGGUUAGCAUAUUGUCUUAAAAUGUUUUUGUUUGUUAGUAAAAGGACACAAAUUUCAAUUCAAUGUAUAUUCUAUUGGUAAAAAUUUAGGUGGAAACAAUUAAUCACUAAAAGUGUAGAUAACUAUGAUACUAACAUAUUCCAAAAGUAUUUUUAAUUUAUUAAUACCAACACAAAUAUUUAAAAUACAAUUAAUGUUAUUAUAUUCUAGGGUUCUUUAUUUAUUUAUAUCUACCGAUUACCUAGGCCAAAAAAACAUUUCACUGUGUGAUAGUCGGCCAUUCUUAUUUUAGUAUAUCGUUGGUUACCUAGCAUAAUCUCAUUAGUUGAUUUUAAUUAAUUUUAUAAAAAAUGUGACAGAAAAACUAUAAGAACAAUUAAAAAUUUACCUCAAUGCACUAACUAGAUUAUAAAGUUUAUAAGAAAGUUCCUUUAAUAUUUUUUGUAGAAAAAGGAUUGACUAGUGCAUUACACGUUAGAAGUAUGAUCAGUUAUAACCACUAUAUUGUUCAAAUUUGGGUAUGUAGUAUAUAAUGAUGAUCAGAUAUUAGAAUCUUUAAGGAGCCAGCCCCGAAUAAUCUUAUGUUCUCAUCGUAAAGCAAGUUUAUUUCUUUUGAUGGUUAAAAUUUAAUUUAGUAUUAACAUUGAUUAAAUAUAAUAUUACCAGAUGCUAUUUAAUACAAUUUUCUUUAUUGUAAUUAAUAUAUCUUUGGUCCUAAGGAUAAUGGCUUUAGUCAAUUUAAUAUAUAACAUUUUAAAAUAACAAACAAUGAUAUAGUUAUGGGCAAUUAAGAGAAAAAAGGUAUGCUGUCUACUUCUCUGACAAUAAAUGCGGAUUGGACAUUGAUAAUGUGCUUUUUUGCCAUAGGUAUAGUUUAUGUUUAUGGUACCGAUCAAAUUUCUGGAUUAACUAGUUUAUCCCUACGCUAAAUGUGUUUUACUUUUAAAAUACCAAUAUACAUAUAUAUUAUAUAUGUAUAUAAAUUGUAUGAUCUAACUCAAGGGUCAGCAAUUAGCUUCUAAGGUGGACCAGAUAAUUUGAUUAAACAUUUUUAAGGGCCAUAUAUUUUAGUAGUAUUUUAGAAUUAAACAAAAAAAAAAUUCAACUCUUCCCUAUUUGGUGUUUGUUCUGUCUUGUUUAACAUCUCCAGAAAAAACAUUAAUUUAUUAGUUAAUAAAUGUAUUUAUUUUUGUACAAUAUUAUUUAAUUAUUUAUAGAAUAAAAUAUAAAUAUACAAUUUUUUAAUGAUAUACAAUUACUCCAAGUAUGAUAUCAUAAAUAUAGAUUGUUUUCGGACGUUUGGAUAUUCUGGAUCUACGCUGAGACAAAUAAUGAAAAUAGAAAAACAGCGUUUAAGUAAAAACAUUUUGAAGAUCCAUUUAUUUCCUCUAUGGCCUAGAUUUGGCAAGCAGUCCGUCUAUUACCUAUCUCUGGUCUAACCGAUAAAUUAAAUCUACUUUGAGUUUUUUUUUUUUUUUUUUUUUGGCAAUAUUAAGGAUAAACGUCGUUUUCAAAUGUCAAAAAAAAAAAAAAUGCCGAAAAGUAUGGUAAUGAUUGCAGUUGCGGUAGAUAUGUUUUCGGUGUAGCAUAUAAUGAGAGUUUCAAAAAAAAAUUGACUUAAGCCAUUCUCACUUCCAAAAAUAUUACAAUGCCUUCAUAAAUUAAUGACAUUUUUCUUUUAUAAUUUACUCUCAAUAAAAACCAAACUAUUUAUUGAUUAAAUAUAUGCUAUAUUAUUAAGUUUUUAAAUUUCAAUGGUUAUUAUUAUUAUUUAUGUGUAAAACAGAAUAGUUAUCAUAAUUUAACAUAUCACAUUAUAAAGUUUUGACAGUAUGAAUCGUCUAUUAAAUCAAUUGCUUUUAUAAAAUAGCUUAUUAAUCAUGAUUUUAUUUUUCAGGUGGGAAUGAUCUGUGAGCGUAUGUUAAAUGAACGUGAAAGUCAAUUACGUGAAGAAUAUGAUAAGAUUUUAAACAUGAAAUUAUCUGAACAGUAUGAAGCAUUUGUAAAGUUUUCUAAUGAUCAAUUGCAUAGACGUUUUGAAGCUGCUGAGGAUCCAAGCUGUAAGUUAUAUAAUUAUUAUCAAUUUUGAAUGACUUUAGUUUUAAUUGAUAAUUGUUGUUAUUUUAUUAUUUUACGCAAUCUUUUCUAAAUAUAGUUCUACCUAACCCAUACCCAAUGAUGGGCAAAUUUCAUAGAACAUUCCUAAAUACCAGAAUUUAUUGGGGGAAUUAUAAUUUGUAUAUUUCAAUAUUUAAAUAAUUAACCUAGUAAAAAAUUAUUUGAAUAACAAAUAUUAUAUGCCCAAACAUAUAGGAGAUUAACCUAAAAGGUAACUUUUUUGUUAUUUCAAAAAUAUAUUGCAUAUAAUAUAUAGAAAUUCAACUAAAGUUUAACACUUGAUUGUCAGUCAUUGGUGUACAAAAUAUUUUUUAAAAAUCAUUUGCUCCUUAUUAUUGUUAUUAUUUUAUGUUAUUAAUUUAAAUUCCAAAUUUUUAAUAAAUCUUAUUAUGUUAAAGUUUGGUGUUUCACUUUACAUGUAAAUGAUCUAAUUGGAAAAUAAAAAAAAUUUGUAUAAUAUGAACAUCUAAAACAAACAAAAUAGGGUACACCAUGUCAUUAAUUUGUAAAUUUGUUUUUUGAAUUUUAUUCCCAACAUUUUUUUUUGUCUAGGGGCCAUAUUUGUAUGCAUUUAAAAUUUAUAAAUUAUAAAAUAUUUUCUUAAAUUUCAUACUAAUUUAAAGAACAAUUAAUUUAAAGUGUAUCAUUUAAAAAGUAAUAAAAUCAUCAAUAUAAAUUAAUACAUGGUGUUUAACUAAUGAAUGUUCAGCUCAACUAUAAACACAGUUUGAAUUCCAAUAUUUCUAUAUUUUCUGUUAAACUAUUCAGAGCAGUAGUGGUUGAAUGGUAAAUAUUGUUCAGGCUCCUAUGUAAAAAAACUUGUUUUAAUAUUUUUUCUUAAAUCAAUAAUUUAUAACAAUAAUAUAACUAAUAAUUAUAAUAUAAUCACAACAUAAUCUUAAACAUAUAUUACAUGAAAUAUACUUGCAGUAAUAACAUAAUAGUUAAUUACAAAAAUAAUUGUCAAGUAAACUCACUAAAUUAAAGCAUGCAAGUUACUAUGGAAGUUUUAGUUGAUAUAUUUUUUUUAUUUAUAGAAAAUAUGUUUUAUAGAAUAAUACAUUUUUUUUUUUUUACUUUAGAUUUGUCUUAACUCAAAUAAGCAAAUAUGAGCGAUGGUUUUGAAUUUACAACAACAUUAGAUGCACUUAAUAGAAAAAAUAAUUAUUCAAACUUAAGUCAACAAUCGACUGACUAACAAUGUUUUUUUUUAUGUAUUAUACAUUUUUGUAAACUCAAUAUUAUUAAAUUAAUUUAAAAUAUAUGAAUUACAUGAUAUAGUAAAAGAGUAAUAACUAAUUUAAGUAAUCAUUAAGCUAAGAUAAUUUUGUUUUGUUCAUUUUUAUAUUGCGAAACUGUAAAUGUUGGAUAUUGGCUCAAAAUCGUAUUGAAAACUGGCUUAAGACAUAUUCUUAUUCUGGUGUAAAAAAAAAAAAAUACGACAUUCAGUUAAUUUAUUAUAUAAAAUUAUAAAUUAUUUAUUUAUAUGAACAAACUAUUUUUUCUCAAAUUCAGAUGAAAUGUUUAGUGGCUUAACACUACUUAUUUUUAGUUUUCGUGACUGAAUUUGAUGACAUACAUUUCAAAAGUCGCCCAAUUUUAUAUGAAUGAGCAUUUUGAUACACCACUUCCAAAGUUUUAUGUUUAAGUUAAUUUAAAGCGAGUUGUAUGAGCAAGAAUUAUGAAACAGUCACUUCAACUGUAGCUUGUUCAUUCAAAUAGAUCUCGCACUUUAUUCUAAAAAUAUAAUUAUAAUUAAACAUUCAUAUAUUAUAAUAUAUAUAUAUAUACAUAUACUUUUUUUUUAAGUGAUAAAUAAAAAAUAUUUUUUCUAUUAGGCCAACUUGUAAAUUAUUUUGUCGGGGAAAAAAAUACUUGUAU